AUGAACGUUCUUCCCCGCGUGGGAACUGAGCCCACUGCCCUUGUUGCUUCAAGCUCACUUGAGCAGUUUCCUUCCUCUAGCCUCCUUGCCAGGCCGGUUUCCCUACGGAGACUCAAAGUGGGUCAGGGAAGGACAGUUCUUUUCUCUGAAGAAUGUGAUAUAGAAUCAGGGCUACUUUCCCAAUUAGCUGAUCUAAAGCACGGGCUUGCUUCAUUUGAUCUUUCCCAUCCCAAGAGAGAAGUGGUUGAACGCUUCUCCCUUUCAUUGGCUUCCACCGGCCUGAACUGUCCUAGUCUGAACUCUUUCACCUCGUCAACUCGGACUCGGGCAAGCGGGUUCACUCGUAUCCUCGCCAAUUCACAUCCUCUUCUCUUGGUCUUCGAGUGCUGGGAGAAAUCCCUAUCUUCUCUCGCUCGAUUGGGCGCUACUUGCCUAUUGACAGAAGUCAUCUCCGAAAAAGUGUUCGUGCUCAACUCGCUUUGUUUGUUGAUGUCACAAGGGCUGGAAGAGGAAUUGCCCGAUUCGAUGUUGGAGCUGCUACGCUUCCUUACCUUACCAAUGAAGCCUGAGAUUAGAGUCGGAAUCGGUGAAGCUUCUUUCCGCUCCCCUUGA